GGCUCCACUAACUCUUCUCCAUUGUGCUUCUUCUUUCUCAGCAGGCUUCAAAGAGUGAGAAAAAGAGGCGUUUUUCUUCAUUCAUGGCGGUUUCAUCGCUUGCUUCUUCUUCUCUCUUGAACUGGGCUUCCAAAUCCCCCCUUUCAUUUUCCUCAUCUACUCACAAGAACAUCAAGUGUGGUGAAUGGAGAUGUUUUGGAGGCAAGAGACUGGAAGUUCAGCAGAUCAAUUGUAUUCAUGUAGGAAACUCGGGUCGAUUGCAUUGGUCAUCCAAUGUAAAAUUAUGUUCUCGAAGGCGAUGGGUCCCUUUUGCGGCUAUUGGCGAUAAAGCAUCUUGUAAUGAAUCGGUUUCAGUUGAUACAGACCUGGAAAAGUUGCAUGUUGUUGCCAGAGAAGAAGAAGAACAAGAAGAUAGUGAUGAUGAUGAUGAAGAAGAAGAGGAAGAUAAAGAAGAAGAUUCUUUCUCAAGUGACACUUCAAAUAUGUAUGUUUCUGGUCAAAGAACUGAGGGGAAGCCGGGAUUCAUCACAUUUCAUGGUUUUCCUUACCAAAGGCCAAGUACUGAGGUCCUUGUGUCUGUCCCAAGUAAAGAAACAUCGAGAAUUUUCUGGUUCAUUGGUCCGACUGUCCUGGUGGCCUUUUUAGUUCUCCCAUCACUUUACUUGCGGAGCAUAUUUUCUACUGUAUUUGAAGACUCUCUUCUAACAGAUUUUCUGAUACUCUUUUUCACGGAAGCCCUUUUUUAUGGAGGGGUUGCAAUCUUUCUGAUGUUGAUUGAUCGUGUUUGGAGACCAUUGCAUCAAGUGCAAGCCGAGCCUAAAACUUAUGUUUGGUCAAAAUUGAAGCUUGGCUUUCGUAUAUCUUCCGUAGCAACCUUUGUGCUUAGCCUCAUAAUACCUCUUGUGACAAUGGGCAUGGUUUGGCCAUGGACUGGGCCAGCAGCUUCAGCUACUCUUGCACCUUAUUUGGUAGGACUCGUUGUGCAAUUUGCAUUUGAGCAGUAUGCUCGGUUUCGGAGGUCACCGGCUUGGUCAGUCAUUCCUGUCAUUUUUCAGGUUUAUAGGUUGCAUCAAUUGAAUCGAGCUGCCCAGUUGGUGACAGCACUGUCCUUCUCAGUAAGAGGAGCUGAGAUGACACCACAAAUUCUGGCAAUCAAUAGUUCCCUGGGAACUCUACUAAGUGUUCUCCAAAUCCUUGGGGUUAUUUGCAUUUGGUCCCUCUCCAGCUUCCUCAUGAGAUUCCUUCCAGCUUCACGAGUUAUCCCAGACUCUUGAUAUUUGUUCAUGUAGGUUCAUCAAUGAUCCUAUCCUUCUCGUAUACAACACUUGGCUGAGGAUCAGAUCCCUCCAAUGCUUAUCCCAUGUGUUACAGUUAGAAGUUAGGAUGAUGAAACCAAGAGAUCAUAUUCAUUGUUAAUUUAUUUUUCUGGAGAGCUGAACUUUGAAGCUGUCAAAACAAGAUGAUCAAUGAGGUGGUAGAGCUUAGUGUUUUAUAAGUUGAUUUUAUUUUAUAGCAUUCAUACAAAAGAAAAUGUUUGCUCUGUCUUUUAUUUCCCAGCUUUGUGUACAGCCUCGUUUGAAACAUUGAAGGCACUCUCUCACAAUGUAUUUUUUUUGCUUCAGUCUUCUCUAUUUGUAAGUUUUAACAACAGUGAAUAGAAAACCUCUAUUGGAAAAUACA